AUGGGUAUUUUACCGUUAAGGAAUUAUUAUCCCAUCCAUCUCAUCAGCUCACAGCCCAGCAGUGAAAGGCACGCCGGUCUCCGGCAGCCACUCCCGGCCCGCAAUAAGUCCCGCCACCGAGAAUCGGGCUGCCUCCUCCACGCUCAUAUUCCGACGGUAACCGGGCCACCUUACCCGACCCCCCAUGUCCGCCCCCGGCCCAAAAUUCCGAUACUCCCCAUAAUACAAACUGGCCAGGGCAAAAUCGGAGUCACCCCAAGCGGACCACCCCUCAGGCGCCACCAGCUCAUCAAGAUAGGUCUUCAUGACCACGGUCCUCGAGUCCGGGUCGGGCACGACCCUGCAGCGGUGGAUGGAUAUGCCCGUGUUCUGGAACGGGUCGCCCCGCCCCUGGGCUGUCACCAUGUUGGCCUGGCCCGGGAGGGGUCGGCGGACGUAGAUGACGCAGUUCUGGAGGACGGCGGCUGCAUUGCCGAAGAUGAUGUCUAUGGUACCGUAGAUGAGGCACGACUUGUAAAACUGGCGUUGGGAUUGGACGUAGAGGGUGUCCUGAAGACCGAGAGGUCGGAGGCCGAGCGGAGGGCCACCGCCUGGCCCUUGUUGGGACCCGCUGUGUUGCGGAAUGUGAUCCCGCGGGCCAUGAACCCGGGGCCGUCCACUCCUGAGAAUUGGGAGAAGUUUAGUAUCAACGAGGGCUUUACCCACGGUGGCGGAGCUAUAGGUCGUGAACCCGUCCAACACGCUCCUAUUUCCCGUGAUCACCGUGUACCUCACCCCUUCCCCCACCAACGUCACGUUUGCCAUCGUCCGGUUCACGACCACGUUCUCCUCGUACACCCCUCUCCUCACGUAAACCACCACCCUCCCUUCCUCCCCGAUCCUCCUCCUCCCCACCGCAUACUCUAUCCCCUCCUGCACCGUCCCGAAAUGCCCCUUCCCAUCCUUCGACACCACCACCCCCUCCCUCAAUGCCAGCUCAGCAUCCCCACCCAUAAUCAGCUUCCGCUCCCUCCUCGUCACCCACCCGGGGAACGUCCCGAAUCCUCCCGAGUGGGCCCCACCGGCUGCGAGGCUGUUGCUUAUCAUCUCCGACACGUUGUGCCGGCCCGAAAGGACGGGGGACGAGAACCGGGUCAGUUUUCAGUUGAGUUUGAAGAAAUCAAUACAAUUGUUGUUAUCAAAAUCCACGUCUGGGCGUCGGGGCCCGCAGAGGUCCUCCGCAAAGCGGCGGUUAGUUGGGCGAUCGUGUCGUCUAGGAGGCCGAUGCAUUCCCGGCACACGAGCUUUCUGCGUCUGCUCUUGCUGCGGCAGCCGAGCCGAGCGGCAUGGGCCCGGGCCUCGGUGGCCCGGGCCAGGGCGGCCCGGAUGGUUAGGGAACGGAACUCGUCGAUGGAUAAGGGCUCGGAUUUGGCCGUGAUCAGGCGGUUGCAAGGGCCUGGGUGGGGCGCGGUGUGGCACCACCAGCUGAUGUCCUUUUUGGUGGUUUUGUCUGUGUUGGGGAGUGUUGUUUGUUUGGAGGGUAAUAUGAAAGGAAAGGAGAAAAGGAGGAAGAAGAGAAGUGAUGACGGGAUCCCUAUUCCCUGUGACAGGAUCACGGCUAUUUCACUCGAGGCUGCAAUUAGUAGUGAAAAGAUUAGCCAUGAGGGUGAUUUUUCUCUUUUCCAGGAGGGAUAG